ACUGACCUGCAUGUUAAUGUUGCCCUUUAUUUGACAGCAGCAGGAGACAUGUCGAGCGAGUUGGUCAGACAUUUCCUGAUUGAAUGCACCCAAAAGGGAGUGCGGUUAAAGGGAUGUCCCAAUGAACCAUACUUUGGGAGUCUGACUGCAUUGGUUUAUCAACAUUCGAUCACCCCACUGGCAUUGCCGUGCAAGUUGCUCAUCCCUGAUAGAGAUCCUUUGGAAGAUGGAAUUGAUGUCUCUGCACAGGUUGCCACCAACUCUGCUGCAGAGUUACUGAAACAAGGAGCAGCAUGUAAUGUGUGGUACCUGAAUUCUGUGGACAUGGAGUCUCUGACCGGACAUCAAGCAAUCCAGAAAGCAACAUCAGAAACACUACUGCAGGCCCCAACUCCAGCUUCCACUGUCGUACAUUUUAAAGUAUCUGCCCAGGGUAUUACUCUGACUGACAAUCAAAGAAAACUGUUCUUCAGAAGACAUUAUGCUGUCAACACAGUGAUUUUCUGUGCUUUGGAUCCACAAGAUAGAAAGUGGACCAAAGAUGUUGGCUCAACAAAAAUUUUUGGAUUUGUGGCAAGGAAGCAAGGAAGUGUCACAGAUAAUGUCUGCCACCUCUUUGCCGAGCACGACCCCGAGCAGCCUGCCAGCGCCAUUGUGAACUUUGUGUCAAAAGUCAUGAUCGGAUCCCAGAAGAAGUAAUCAUGUUAGGAUCCUGCAGAACCCCACUAUGAGAAGAGUAAAGGUUUUUAAACAAAAUAAAAUUAGAAAAAAAGUAAAACUGCAAGUCAAUAAUAAUCUGGAUCGAUAGCUAGUCAUGUUCAGAGGGUUUGUAUAAUUGAACAAUGGUAAGAGCAAGUAUAAUUUCAUUCAGAGGGGAGCAGAGGCAUGAACUUUAUAAGAUAACUAGUCUUUAUUCCAAACUAUCAGAAAAGAUGUAUGGCUUCUGUGAUUAUUGGUUAUCAUUUGAUCUUAUUUGUUGAGGUGAAGGGUCAGUGCUUAGUUUUAUUUUUGCUGCUUUGAGCAGGAUAAGCUGAACAGUUCUUUAAAAACCAUCGGAAAAACUGAAUUUUAAUUUAUUUGACACCAUAUCCUGAAUAGCUUGCAGCUAAUCUGAUGAUUGUACUUGCGCAUAUGUUAAAGCUAAGAAGCUCAGUCACGAUUGGACUGUCAAUUUUGUUUCUCGGUGAUGCAAACUAUUCUCUAAUACGUGCAACACCCACGUAUCAUUCCAGAAUCACUGGCAUUUUAGUACGUAGGAUAGAUAUUAAUGUUUAUGUAAAUCUAUUUUAUAUCAUUGCAAUUUUUGUUACAAUGGAUGAAAUCUAUAUAAGUAUACAGUUAGGUAUGAGAUUCUUGCCAAAGACAUACCAUUGAACCAGCACUUUGAACUGCCGUGCAUAAACACGAGUUCAGUGAUUGAAUUCCUUUUUUUCCCUCCUAUUAAACUACUGUAUCCACCCGUGUGUGUUAUUCCCAGUGUUAACUAAUUGUGAAAAUGCCAAAAUGCAAGUUCAAAUGUUUUUACUUUGACCAAUUAUCUGUAUUACCAAAAUCAUUUUAGUCAUUUCUGUCUGCUUUGGCUAGUCUGUAUGUUGUAGUGUUCUUAAAAGCAUCCUGUAAAAAAAUCUUGUAUCCAUUAUGUAAAUGAAUUAUGUUCUAUAAUUCUUUGUAUAGUCCUUUUCCAUCUUUGAAACAAUCUGUUAAAAUUAUAAUAAAUACAAUAAAUUUUAGUUUCAUCUUU